AUGGCUGACUACUUCUUCGGGCACCCUUUUAGGCGCUUCUUCUUGAGCCCUCCAGUGUACCGUGAGUGGUCUGGAUCAGCUGCUCACAUGGACUGGCUUGAAUCCCCAACUGCCCAUAUCUUUAAAGUCAAUGUCCCUGGAUUUAACAAAGAGGACAUAAAGGUACAAGUGGGAGAUGGGAAUAUUUUGCACAUAAAAGGUGAAGGUGUCAAAGAGGAGGCCCAAGGGAAAGACACUGUUUGGCAUGUAGCCGAGAGAGGGACAGGGAACAGGGGUUUUUCUAGAGAAAUCGAGCUACCAGAAGAUGUGAAGCUGGAUCAAAUCAAAGCUCAAGUGGAAAAUGGUGUCCUAACUAUUGUUGUGCCAAAGGAUACCAAUCCAAAGCCAUCUAAAGUCACAAUGGCUUAUGAACAAGUUUUACUUCUGCUCCGGUACAAUGAAGUGAUUUCUUCAAGUUCUGAAAAGGAUUGGGCAAAGCUGACAUACAUGCAUACGAGUGCAGAUGAGAACAUUUUGCAUGCAGAGGACGAGGGUGGUAAAAGGACGCCUAUGGAACAGGCACUUGCAGGCAAUUAG